GCUUCAUCCCACAAGGCCACGCGGCGGGGCCUCGUCCUUCUCUUCCCGCCAUCUUGGCACUUGUGGAGGCGAGAGAGGCGCCUGCUGCUGAAAUUUGGAGGCCCGCUGGGAACAGGACUUACAAAAGGAACUAUGUCUGGAAGGCUGUGGUCCAAGGCUAUUUUUGCCGGCUAUAAGCGGGGUCUUCGGAACCAAAGGGAGCACACAGCUCUUCUUAAAAUUGAAGGUGUUUAUGCCCGAGAUGAAACAGAAUUCUAUUUGGGCAAGAGAUGUGCUUAUGUAUACAAAGCAAAGAACAACACAGUGACUCCUGGUGGCAAACCAAACAAAACCAGAGUAAUCUGGGGAAAGGUAACUCGGGCCCAUGGGAACAGUGGCAUGGUUCGUGCCAAAUUCCGAAGCAACCUUCCUGCUAAGGCCAUUGGACACAGAAUCCGAGUGAUGCUGUACCCCUCAAGGAUUUAGAACUAAUGAAAAGUCAAUAAAUAAAUGCGGAUAUGUGCCCUUGUAUUUUUAUUAAGUGGAUUGAAAAACUUACUAUGUUAA